GUUGGAUAUAGAAAGGGUGGGAGUCACCUUUUGAUUUUGCGCACUGGGUUGAAUCCACCACCACCACCACCAUCAUCCCCGUUUGAUGCUUUCCAUGCUUGGUGAAUUGGUGCAAGAGAGAAACAUCAUCGCGUGAAACGAGAUGCGAGACAUUUCACCCGGCCAGAGUGGGGAUUCCUGGAUGCUGGCUCUACGGAUACACGAAUCUCCUGGUAUCAGUGUGCAUCGGAAACAACCCCUCUAAAUAACAUAUCCCGUGCGAUACGACUUUAACUCAACUACAAGAAAAAAAAAAUUUGAUUUUGCCGAAUCAAUUUUUUUUUACUGUGUGGAAUUCCGGGAACCUCUGCCAUGACAACUGCCUCGCGAUACUACACGUUUCUCGCGACUGGAUCAUCCAGGGAACGUUUUGAAUCACUUUUGAACGGCUAAAAGAAUACGAUGAGACAAUCCAACUUAUCAUGAACUUUCCAAAGUUUAUACAGCGACGCUGUAGGAUAUCGUAUCACAUAUCAUGGAAACGGUAGUCUUACUUCUAGAAGUCUUAAUUGUGUCGGCCCUAUCUUCCGAGGAGCCGAUAAAAAAUGUUUUCGGACAGUGUUUACAUCCUCUUGGCAUGGAGGAGGGAAAAAUUCCGGACGAUGCAAUAACGGCUUCUUCUAGUUACGAGAUGAAGUCCGUCGGUCCGCAAAAUGCGAGAAUUCGCCAGGAGAAGAACGGCGGUGCUUGGUGUCCAAAGGCCCAAAUUAGUGGUGACGUGAGAGAAUUUUUGGAAGUUGAUUUAACACAGGAUCAUUUAAUUACCUGGACAGAAACACAAGGUCGUUUUGGAAAUGGUCAAGGACAGGAAUAUGCGGAAUCUUUUUCUCUAGAAUAUUGGCGAGGUUCAAAUUGGCAUCAUUAUAAAAAUCUAAAAGGAGACAAAAUCUUACGAGGGAACAGCAAUACAUAUCUUGUGGAGAAACAGAAGUUGGAUCUCCCUUUUGUGGCUAGUAGAGUACGAUUCGUCCCUUAUAGUCAGCACCCACGCACCGUUUGUAUGAGGGUGGAGAUUUAUGGAUGUGUCUGGGAAGAACGAAUAGUGAGAUAUAUAAUUCCCAAAGGAGAGACAUUUGGUCCUGAUGGAUGGAAUCUCGAAGACACUUCUUAUGAUGGAAGCGAGAGGGAUGAUUUAAUGGUGGAUGGACUUGGACAGCUCAUAGACGGGAUCAUUGGCGAAGAUCCUGAAAUCCUCGUCUCCUCGUCCUCGACGAACUGGGUUGGAUGGAAUAAUCUCGAGAAAGUCGAGAUAAUCUUUGAAUUUAAUGACUUCCGGGAGUUUGAAAAUUGUACGAUACACGUGGCUCAUGUUCCAAAGAAGGAGGUCGAGAUAUUUUCCUCGGCACUCGUCUGGUUUUCGUUUGAUGGCCUUCAAUACCAAACCAAUCCAGAAAAAAUAGAACUGACAGAAGAAAUCAAAACAAGCUCAAUCAGUGUAUCAAUUCCGUUACUUUCAAGAGUUGCCAAAUUUAUUAAAGUAGAAUUGAAACAAAAAUCCAAAUGGUUAAUGAUAAGCGAAGUCAAUUUCGAAACCAGAAAGAUUCAACUUUGUGCAAUACCUGCAACUGCUCGUAAUGGCACAACAGAUGCAUCGGAACAAUUUUUCCGUGCUUGUGAAAAUGAAUCGGAAUCAAAUGAGACAAUGGACAAAUCAAAUAGUUUCAUCAAUGAAACUGUCUCUGAUGUGAAACCUAAUUUGACACCUGAUGCCUUCCCAAUCAACAAUUCUCAAACAUACAUUGGACUUAUAAGCGGAGCAUUGACAGUUGGGGCUUUAUUGUUGACAUGUACAGUAUUCUUGAUGAAACAAAGAGGACGCAAUAAAGUUGCCCUCCUUCAAAAGCAUACAGCAUUACUUUGUGGUUCACCAAAAACUGGUAUUACAAUCAAUAUGAAAGAUAUUAAAAUGGCCAAUCCAAUUGUUGUCAAUGGCUUGUCACAAUCGAGGCUUUCGAUAAAAAGUAAAGGCUUUUUUAGUGAUGACAACACUAUUAGAAGUAGUGAUCAAAAUAGCGAAUACGAACAUUGCAGUGCCUAUGAAAGGACCUAUAAACUUUUUUCCGAAGAAAAUCUUGCCUAUGAGCCAGCAUCACACAAAGGCGAUCAUUAUUCCGCUUGUAAAAGCGAAUAUAGUGAUUUUACAAAUGAAAGAAACUAUCAAGAUGAAUUGACAUCAACUCCAUUUUCUAAUAAGAGACAUUCAAAAACAAAUCCUAAAGUUCAUGAAGGAUAUUAUGCUGCCACGGAUAUUUUAACAAUUAAGAGAAGACAACAACGAUCUACUUCAAGUUUAUUCACUCCUCUUCAAAUUCAAGAUGGUAUUCAUUUAUCGAAUACAAGUAAUUCUUAUAAUAUUCAACAUGUUUCGAGACACAGGCUGAGAAUUAUGGAUAAAUUGGGCGAAGGAAGUUUUGGAUUGGUACAUUUAUGUGAGGCGAAAGGAAUUCAGUGCCCAGAUUUAAAUUCAGUUCGUAAUCGACAAGUCGUGAUAGUAAGAUCUUUAUGGCGAGGGGUAACUGACUCCUUAAAGAAAGAUUUCAUGAAGGAUAUGCAUGUCCUGGCAGCCAUCCGGGAUAUUAAUGUAGCUAGAAUAAUAGCAUUAGUGGAGGAGGAACCAUUUGGAGCAGUUUUCGAAUAUGGAGAACUUGGUGAUCUUCCAUCGUUUAUAAAAAAUCGGGAAAGUUCCAGUGAGGAUGCGCCUAUAAGUUAUGCGUGUCAGCUGAACUUUGUGACUCAAAUAGCUUCAGGAAUGAAGUACUUGGAAAAUUUGAAUAUUCCCCAUUGCGAUUUAGCAGCGAGAAAUUGUGUUGUGAGUAAAAACUUAAUAUUAAAAGUGUCUGACCACGCCAUGUACUGUAGCAAGUACGAUCAAGAGUAUUACGUAAAUGGAUAUUACGCGAAAGUACCUCUUCGCUGGAUGGCAUGGGAGGCAAUUUUGUUGGGAAAACAAACUUCUCAAGCUGAUGUUUGGUCCUACGCUAUCACGGUCUGGGAGAUUCUUACUCUCUGCAAGGACAUGCCUUACUCUGAUUUUACAUCGGAGCAGGUUUUGGAAAAUUGCAGCAAGUGGUAUCACAGUGGAACCGUGGAGAAGAGUCAACCUCGGAUACUUUCUCAGCCUCCAUGCUGUUCCAGGGAUCUGUAUCAUAUGAUGACCAAAUGCUGGAGCAAGCAUGCUGAGGAGAGGCCAACAUUCGAGGAAAUUUGUCUCUUCUUAAAAAGAUUGGGCUUCGAUUAAUAUAUAUAUCGUUCGCUCGAGCAGCGUGGACCAAAUCGUUUACAAUCAGCUAAGAAGCAUUCCUACCUUCCCGCACAAAGAGCCACAGGCAGGAUGCUCUAGCCAUCAAAUUAUGCUCAACUAGGUUAAACCUCUUUCUUCUAAGACUCAAAAAAAAAAAUACAUUUAAGAUAACGCGUAAGAAUUUAAUAAAUAAACUUGGAAAAAAGGACUCUUCAAUUUUUAAACUUUCAAUUAAUUUUUUUUUUAAACUUUAUUUAAAUUAUUUAUUUAUUUUUAAAUUUUAUUCAUAUUUUAAAAGAUUUAAUAUUUAUUGAAAAUAACAAAAAUCUGAUAUAAAUAAAGAAAAACUUUACAAAAAAAAGGUACUUUUUUUUCUAAGAAAAUUUUCUUUCUGAAAACAUUAUUUUUCUGAAAAAAAAUUAUUUUUCAAAGAAAGAAAAUUUUACUAAUUAAAAAAAAAAACUUUUUAUUUUACUCUACUAUUUUUAUCAAUUUACAAAUUGAAGAGUUCUUUUUCUAAAGUAAAGAGUCAAUGUUCUUUACGUAUGUCGAUAAUGGAAAGCGAGCAACGACAAUAGAAUUUGAAAAUUCGUGAAAUUGUAGAAAUUAAUUGUCAAUAAAUAGAAUGUAAAUGAAAAGUAAUUAAAAAACUUUUAUUAAAAAAAAAAAAAAAAAAAUGAUUUUCUAAGAGCGUUGCUCGCUUUUGACAAAAAAGGAUCCCAUUGAAUCCUCAAUUCACAUAUCUUCGUUUUCAUUCCUCAAGAUGUAUACUAUUAUUACGCGUUUAACAAAAAAAAAUCUAGUAAGGUAUAUUAAAUUUUUACGAAUCCCCAAUAGCAAUAUUAUUGGUAAAAUUAAAAUUAAGAUAACUUUGUAAUGAUAACGAAAUGUGUAAUCUAAAGUAUAUAUAAAUAUAAAUAUAUAUUUAAGUGGACCUCUGUAAAUUGUUACUCGACAUCGACACGUAAGAUUAUAAAAUAAGGAAAUUAGUUUUCAACAUCUUAAGAUUUCCACUCACAAAAAAAAAAAAGAUAACACUCGUUUAAUUCGUUGUUAAACGAAUUUACAAAAACUACAUAUAUUCAAAGUAUGUUGUAAAUUUUUGAAGAAUUAAAAAUAAUGCCAAAGAAUCAAGACAGGCAAAAAUCAAAAAGAUGGUUUUUUAAAUGUAAACAAUUUUCAAUGUAGCUUUACUAGAUAACCAUUAAUUUAUCGUCUCUAUUAUAUAAUUUACCGAAAAUUGUUAGUAUUUAUUCAUAGCAUAUUUAAUUUAAAAUCAUUCAAUAAGUUUUUGCUUGACUUGAUUCUAAAAUUACGAGUCGUAGAAUAUCAGAAAAAAUCAAAUUGGAUCGUUAAAUCAAAUCGAUCGAAUUAUCAUAUCGAAAUAAAGAGAAAAAAAAGAUGUUUAAAAAUAUCAUUCUUUUUUUUCUUUUAUAAGCUAUGUAUUUUUUUGUUUUGCAAUUUUGUUUUUUCAAUUAAUGGAAGGUCAAAGGAGACAAUCAAAUUUUUGUGGAUAAUAUGAUAAAAAUCGUCGAAAACGAAGUCUAAAAAAAUAUCAGAGAUUUUAAAGCGAAGGUACUUUAUAAUACGUUGAUAUCUAUAUAUUUUUGUUGAUUUGUUGCUGUACAAAUGCUCAUAUUUGUUAGCAAAAAAAAAAAAGAAAAAGAAACUAUAACACGUAAUUAUAAAGUUUUUCUCAACAUUGUUUAAUUAUUGCAUUAGUAUAAUAAUUGAAAAAAAGGAAGAAAAAGAAAAUACAUUGGAAACGCGUGAAAAUCUAGUCCUAUCAAUUUUUAUCAAACGAUUCGUAGAUCUAUAGCUACCAUAAUCCAAAAUUUGUAACAUGAAUUAUCAUAUUUCAUCGAAAAUUAUAUUCUUCAUAUUUCCAGUGUUAUAAUCAAUAAAAAUUGUUAUACCGUGUCA